GUAACCCUGUAGCUAUCCAACCUAAUUUUGACAGUUGACACCUUUUUUAUUUACAAUCAAUAACUGUUUACAUUAAAAUCCCUGUAUUUUAACAAAAAACAGUAUUUUAGCUCCGUCCAAAAUGCCUGCCGCCGUGGCAGAAACCCAGGAAUCCAAAGAUGAACGUAGUGAGCAGAUGUGGAAAGUUUUGAAGGCGCAUAUUUUACGCGAAAGGGCACGUAAAAGGCAGGAAAGGGAACAAGAAGUCGAAGAAGAACGGCAACGUAAAGAAAGAGAGGCUAGAGAACAACAAGACGUAAUGACCCUCGGUGAGACUAGAGAGCAGAUAUCACAGCUAGAAGCUAAGUUAACGCAGUUGAAGGAAGAAAAACACCAGCUGUUUUUACAGCUUAAAAAAGUGUUAAAUGAGGAUGAUAAUAGGCGAAGGCAACUAGUUAAAGAAAACGAUAUGAACUUGACAGCACUCCAAACAAUGCCUUCUGCAUUGGUACAUCAACAGCUGUAUAUUUCUCCAUCUGUACCAAGAGGAGCUCCAAUUCCUCCACAACAGCCAACUUUUAAAGCUACGGUUAAAAGACCAAGAAGUCCCAGUCCCCAACCAGCAGUUCCAGUUUCAAUGUACCAUCAAGGAUAUGGUUAUAAACCACCUGCAGUUAAUACCGCUAAUUACCAAACAUCACCACAAAAAGAUGAUGGUAGACGUAAUACAGAAACUUUAGUCAGAGCAGUUUUAUGGAACAAAAACUCGCAAUACGCGAACCAAACAUCGGCGUUCUACCCUGUGGCGCACCCAGAAAUCUCGAUCUACUACCCGAUGACGUCACGCGAACCCCCGCGAGGCGUGUACGAAUCCCCGCGACCGCAAACCUUCCACCUCGAGCAGAAAAUCCCCGACCACUACCAAUCGCUGCGCACGCCCUCCUCGCACGGCCACGUGGUGCACGCGCGCGAAGGCCCGCUUCCGGUCAUGACCAGCCAGCAGCCGAAGACCGGAAGCAUCACUUCCGGGUACUCGGUGCGGUCGCAGGCGCAGUACCAGCAGCAGGUGUCGUCGCCUGCUUCGUUGUACACGACGCAGAGCAGGCCGUUGUAUCAGACGCCCGGUGGAAUCAACUACUUGCCGAGGGAUUGAGGGUGCUUUGCGUGAUUCAAGCCAAUGGGAUGUGGUCUUUUCGGCAUAGAAAUUGGUAAGGUUUAAGUAUAAGAUGAGGCGUACUAGAUUCUAUAAUGGAUUGCUAGGUUAAACCGUGUUGCUGCUAGAUUAUUUAUAAGAAAGAAGGCAAACAUUCUACUCUAUUUUUUUUGAUAUACAGGAUGCACUAUGUGUAUUAGACUGGGCCAAAAAAAUCAGCUAUUUUUUUUUUGAAAAGUAUAUCGAAAAUAUGGUUUGGGGUUUAAAAAAAUUUAUGUGAAAGUUUGAGUCCAUAAU